ACUUCAGUCAUAGUCUGACCAGAGUUCAGCCCAAAUCAGCAGUCAGGAAAUCAGAGGUCGGCAAUGGAUACACAUGCAAUUUAUGGAACUUUGAUUUUUUAUUUGGCCAUUUUUGUUCCUCUUGUGGAGACUCAGGGAUAUGAUUAUUUUGAUGUGGAACCUUAUCAUUUAAUUGCCAAUGAUUGUCCAAAAGAAUGCUUUUGUCCUCAUAAUUUCCCACGUGCUUUGUAUUGUGAAAACAAAGGUCUGAAGGAAGUACCGCUUAUCCCAUCAAGAAUUUGGUACCUAUACCUGCAUAAUAAUGCUAUUGAGUCACUCAAAGAAAAAUCAUUUGCAAAUGCUACUGAACUAAGAUGGAUUACUCUAAACAAGAACAAGAUCACCAAUCAAAAUAUUGAUAAGAAUGUUUUUAAGAGUAUGAAAAAUUUGCUUUACCUAUUUUUAGAGGAUAAUGAUUUAGAAGGAGUUCCCGGACCAUUCCCAAGCAGCCUGGAGCAGCUUCGUUUGGUAAGGAACAAAAUCUCAAAGAUUCCUGAAGGUGUUUUUAGCAAUUUAGAAAACCUCACUUUACUGGACAUGCACCACAACAAGCUCACAGAUGGUUCCUUUCAAGCUGAUGCAUUAACAGGACUCAAGAGCCUGAUGCAGCUCAAUGUAGCAAAGAAUUCACUCAAGAAAAUGCCUUCAGGCCUUCCAUCUAACACUGUACAGUUGUACUUGGACAACAAUAACAUUGAGUCAAUCCCUAAUGACUACUUUAAUAAAAUACCCAAAAUCGCUUUUCUUAGGCUGAACUACAACAAAUUAUCAGAUGCUGGCAUACCAACUAAUGUAUUUAACAUAACGUCUAUGUUAGACUUACAAUUGUCAUACAAUGAACUGACAUCUGUGCCCGCUGUUAAUGGUCACCUGGAGCGUCUUCAUCUUGAUCACAACAAGAUAAAAAACAUAAGUGGAACAAUUAUCUGCCCUAAUGAAGUUAAAGAACCAUUUGACCCACAUUUUCCACAUGGACCUCGUCUCCGUUAUUUGCGCCUGGACGGAAAUGAAAUUCAGCCUCCAAUCCCACUUGACCUUAUCAUUUGCUUUAGACUUCUUCAAGCUGUAGUCAUUUAGGUAUUUGAGCUACUUCAAGCAAAAUAGAAUUAGAUCAACUUAAACUUUUACCAUUUACUCAGGUGACUUUUUUUGUAUAAAUUUUAAAGGUGAACUCUAAUACUUUUUUGCAAAGUUCAGUUUCCCCCCACUAGUAAAAAUGUGAGGCCACAAACCAUGGAUAUCCUCUACAUGCUCACAAAUGGAGCCACUGCUGUUACACUACUGCAGCACCUGGAUAGCUUUGGUUGAGCUUGAUGAUGUGUUCAAUCAGUGUCCAAAAAACAUACUCUAACGCUCUAAUAACAGAGCAGGUGUAGGACCAAAGUAAAUGACUAACCCGUGAACAGCACUAUUUUGGAUGAUGGGAUCCCUAUACUAGUUGGGAUGUUAGUGAUACAUUUAACUGAAAAAUUUAUGUUUAGAGUUCUCCUUUAAAAUUAGAUCUCAUUUAAACCUAAUUAAACAUAGAAACCUCUCAAUUCUCUUAACAAUAUACAGUAUUAUGACUUUCAUAUAUUAAUACAGGUUGAGUCUCCCUUAUCCAAAAUGCUUGGGACCAGAGGUAUUUUGGAUGUGGGAUUUUUCCGUAUUUUGGAAUAAUUGCAUACCAUAAUGAGAUAUCAUGGUGAUGGGACCUAAAUCUAAGCACAGAAUGCAUUUAUGUUACAUAUACACCUUAUACACAGAGCCUGAAGGUCAUUUUAGCCAAUAUUUUUUAUAACUUUGUGCAUUAAACAAAGUGUGUCUACAUUCACACAAUUCAUUUAUGUUUCAUAUACACCUUAUGCACACAGCCUGAAGGUCAUUUAAUACAAUAUUUUUAAUAACUUUGUGUAUUAAACAAAGUUUGUGUACAUUGAGCCAUCAAAAAACAAAGGUUUCAUUAUCUCACUCUCACUAAAAAAAGUCUGUAUUUCGGAAUAUUCCGUAUUUUGGAAUAUUUGGAUGUGGGAUACUUAACCUGUAUAGGAUUUUUUAUUGCAUUUUUGUAAAAUCUUUGUAGAAUUUCUUUAGGGUACUACUUACCAUGUUCUUAUAUUUAAAAAAGGAAUAAAAUAAAACGUAUACUGUUAAUGCAACUUGAAACUAAUUGACUAGGUGUUCUUAGUCUUGGUUUACAUGGAUACUAUGCAGUACCACAUUUAAUUUAACAGUAGAAUAAUGUCAAAGUAUACGUA